GGGAGGGGAGGGGAGGUGGAGGGUGAUCUGUUCAAACCGAUGGACAAACCGGGCUCUCUGUGUCCGGCCGGGCUGGGGACGCCGGAGGCCGUUCAGCACAGAAAGAGUUUCUCGGUCAGUCAUCUGCUGGAUCUGGGAGAGGCGCCGGGCAUGGACGGCUGCACGGAGCCGACCAGGGGGGCGAGGGAGAGCGGCCGGAGGACGAGAGAUCAGCCCGGGCUCGGCGGCGGAGGCGAGGCGGCUCGGCAGAACGUUGUGCGACGCAUUCUAAACGCAGAUCUCCAGAAAGAGAGGAAGAAGCAGAGGAGGAACAGGACCACGUUUAACAGCUCACAACUCCAGGCGCUGGAGAGGGUCUUCGAGCGAACGCAUUAUCCGGAUGCAUUUGUCCGGGAGGAGCUGGCCAGGAGAGUCAACCUGAGCGAGGCGAGAGUGCAGGUCUGGUUUCAGAAUCGGCGAGCCAAGUUUCGGCGGAACGAACGGGCCUCGUUGGCCAGCAGGACGGUGUCGCUCCUCAAAUCCUACGGCACGGAAGCUGCAGUCGAGCAGCCGGUCGCCCCCCGGCAACCGUCCCUGGGCGCAGAGUUUCUCUCGUGGUCGGGCAACUCUUCCUACAGCCCGGUGCCAUCUUACACUUCGAACGGAUCGAGUGGCAGCAGUCCAGGAGUGACCAUGGCGAACAGCAUUGCCAACCUACGGCUGAAGGCCAAGGAGUUCAGCCUCCAGAGGAGCCACGUCACCCCCAUCAACUGAUCCCGGGCUGGCCUGGGACAAAGGCAAGUGCUGGGAACAUUCUGACAUGGGACACGUUCUAACCCAGGUCAGUGUGCUCGGCACACUCUCUCAUCCAGGAUAACGUACAGUACAUUCUGACCCGGGACAUGGAUCCAGACCAGCCUGCCCAGGACUAUCCAACCUAGGGCAACAUGCUAGCCACAUCCUGACCCAGGAUAACCUGCUUGGAACUCCCCGACAUGAGACAAAGCACUUGGGACUCGGCUAUCCCGGGCAACGUCUGACCCUAAUCUUGGACAACGAGGCCAAGACACACAGACCCAAGGUGAUGUGCACUCUGACUCAGGACAACAAGCUGGCCACAACAUGACUUCAAUAUGUUCCAGCUCCAAACAAGCCAUCUACCAAGUGAUUCAGGUUGUAAGAACAAGGAACCGCAGAUGCUGUUUAAUACACAAGAGGGCACUGGAUAGUUCAUGGGGAACAUUGACAUCCUUGUUUUCGGGAGAGGGCUGCACCGUGGAACAGCGGUAGAGCUGCUGCCUUACAACGCCCGAUACCCGGGUUCGAUCCCGACUAUGGGUGCUGUCUGUAUGGAGUUUGCACCUUCUCUCCGCGCUUGGGUUUUCUCCGGGCGCUCCAGUUUCCUCCCACACUCCGAAAACAUGCAGGUUUUAUUGGCUUCGGUAAAAUUGUAAAUUGUCCCUUGUGUGUGGGACAGUGCUAAGUGUGCGGGCAUCGCUGGUCGGCAUGGACACGGUGGGCCAAAGGUCCUGUUGCCACUCUGUGUCUCUAAACAAAAACUAAAGAUGCUGCCUGACCUGGUUACUCCUUUACACAUCGUAUACUCACUCACAUCUCCUUGGAUACACGGACAGGCAGCAGGAGUUACCUGUUGCUCAGUGUGUCGUGGGAUGAUUGCAAAUGUUACUCUGGAUGUUUCCCAGUGAGGUAUAUUGGAGUCUACAGGUUAAUUAGUUACUGAGCUUCUGUCCAAUUGUCUCUUUUUCCCGACCCCAUUCAUCCUUGGACCCCAGUCCAAGUCAUCACCGUUAGAGCAGCUACAAUAUAUUGGGGCAUGGGGCAAGAGUUGCCCACAGCUCCAGCUCCCUCCAAAUGCAGCAAGAUGCACCCUCCCCUUGCACAGCUUCUCACCAGGGUUUGGCUUCCAUGGGCACCAGUGGCCCUCUGGCCUUGUACCUGCAGGUGCCUCUGCUUCACCACACCACAGUCGUAAGAGCAACAGAGUUGGUAUGACUGGUGUGGCUCCAAGGAGCGCUGCUGCUGUCUGUCUGGAGUUUGCAUGUGCUACGUAUUGCUGAGUUCUCCAGUUUCCUCCCAGGGACCCACGGAUCAGCAGGUUUAUUGGCUACUGUAAACAGCCCCGUGCGCAUGCGAAUGAUACAAUCUGGGAUGUGUUGAGGGCCAUCUGGCGAGAAUGAAUAGGAUAUAGAAUGAAUAUCGAUGGGCUGAAUGGCCUAAUUCUGCUCCUAUGGCCGACAAAAUGUGAAGUAGGAUGAGUGCAAAUGGGUGCUGAUGGUUAGUAUUGAUUCAGUGGGCCGAAGGGCCUGCCCUCGUACUGGAUGACUCUAUGACAUUGAGAAACAAGAGAGAGAUUUUGCAUUCACAAACUACCCACCCUCGUCGCUUCUACCCCAUUCCCCUCUCCACGAAUCAUCUUCAAGGGGUGAUUCCAACACCCUGUCAGAUGAAUAACAGCCCUCUGUGAAGGAACCUAUAAUCCUGUCUGCGACUUGUGGACAAUUAUUUUAUAUCUGUCAUCUUUGAACUCACUUACUAGAGAAAGCAUUUUCUCAUUAUCGAAUUUAUUAAAACUUCUGAUCAUUUUCUUUCUGAUCUUUGGCCAUAUGGAACAUGAAAUAAAACUAUGUUCAUCAAAGGCCUGACAGAGGCACACACAGGUCUGUGCAGCCCAGCCUGAGCUUCAGCCUUAAACCCAGAGGUGAAAGAUCAAUGCUUGUGGCUUGGGUCAAAGUAUCAUCACAACUUAAAAAUACUUUGCCCCAUGCUGCAAACAUAGGGUGAAGCAAGGAUGAUACGUAUACAGCGUUACUUUGCAAUGAAUUUAUGCAUGUCAUGUUUAACUGUUUGAAAAACAAAUCUGUUGAAUCAAUAAUGUUUAAAUAUUAUAUUGUAAACUGCUCUGAGAGACACA